ACCCAUAUUUAGCAUCGACCACAAGGUUGUGAAGCUAAAUCACAAAAGACGAGCUAAUUACUGGUUACUUUUGUUAUCAUUUUUGACGAACCAAAGAAAAUGGCAACCUAAAUUUGUAUCUGGGUUGCUAAAUUUUCAUGCCAAACGCCCUCCUGUAGGCUGAGAAGAGGUGGUGGUGGCGGCGGCGGAGGUGAUAGUGAGAUGGAAAGGGGCUCCAGAACCGGAAAAGCACCGACAAAGAAGGUGAUGCUAGUUGCCAACGGCAGCCGUGAGUCGGCCGAUGCACUCCAGUGGGUUCUUUCUCAUGGCCUGCUGGAGAACGAUGAGCUGAUCCUCCUCCAUGUGGAACAGCCAUCCUCAUGGAAGCGCAACGCUCUGGCAACCUUCCGCAGAAGACCGUCGUUGCCGGUAGCUGCCACCAGCACAUCCGGAUCCGCUGCGGAAGGUGGUGGAGACCUUGAGUUUCUUGAAGAGAUGAAGAGUGCAUGCGAGGCGGCUCAGCCCAAAGUCCGAGUGCAGGUAGAGAGAGUGGAAAUAGAAGGCAAAGACAAGGCCGCUACCAUUCUUCGGCAAAGCAGGAAGCUCUCCAUCGAUACCCUCGUCAUUGGCCAGCGUCGUUCCCCCACAUUCUUAGGAUGUACACUAGGCCCAGGAGGAACAAAGGCGAUGGAUAUAGCAGAUUAUUUGAUUGAGAAUAGCAAGUGCACAUGCAUUGGAGUUCAAAAGAAGGGACAGAAUGCAGGGUAUGUUCUAAACACAAAGAACCAAAAGAAUUUCUGGCUUCUUGCGUAGCCUAAGGCCAUUGAGCUCCUUCAAGUCAUCUGGGCUUUCAUCUAAGUCACCCAGUUCAUCACAAUUUUGCUGGAGUUUGAUCUUAGAAGAGAAGAAAUAGCUUGUUUGUUUGGUCCUGAAACAGUUGGUAAUCAUGAUGUGUCAGGAGUUUCAGAGAACUAGUUAACUGGGAUCUCUUAGUCGCUAUCCCUCUCCUCCUGGUUAUGGAUUCGAUGGCUUUCUUAUUCAUGUUUUCUUUCAAUUCUUUCUUUCUUUCUUUUUUUACUUUUUCUUUCAACUUCAACUUUAACUGCCUGAAAUGUAAAUAGUCCCAAGACUGAAGUAGAUGAUCUUUCUGAUUCCUGGAA